GAGAGAGCCCUUUCUCCUUGACAGCACAACUGACCGCAGGACAGGAAAAGGGCUGUGGCCAGGUAUAUAAUAAGGUCCCAGCAGAGCCCGGCAGGGACUUGGAACGGGCGCAGAGGAGCCGCCUGGGAGUGCUCAGAAAGCCUCCAGAGUUUGCCUGCAAGGAUGAAAGCGUUCCUGGCUGUUGCGCUGGCCUUCCUGGCAUCCUUAAAACUUGGGCUCUGUUUGCAGUGUUAUAACUGCCAAGAACCCACCGACUUCAGCAACUGCCUGACUUUCGUCAACUGCUCCGCAGACAGCACACACUGCAAGAUAACGGUGCACUCGGUGGAUUCAGGAUACCCCUUUUUCGGAAACAUCACCGUCACCAAAUCCUGCGCCAAAAACUGCGUGCCUUCGGAGCCAGAUGGGAUCGGUGAAACUCGCCCGGCUUACUGUUGUGACACCGACCUCUGCAACGUUGGCUCCGGGCAACAGGCCAGAGCCGCGAUCUCUGCCACGGCUUUUAUAGCUACCCUCGCUUUCGGCCUCCUGUGGACCAGACUGUAAGGCUUCAGGAAGAGGGCGGGUGGAUUUUGGAGGAACAUCGCCCAGGAAACAGAAGAGGGGAAGGGGGGGAAAAAACUUGGCCAUGUAAUCUAGAGCAGGAAAACUUCAGCAAUUUCCAGACUGCUUCCAAAGGUUUGUUGCCGUUCUCCCUUCAAACGGAUAUCAAGGGGUCAAGAAAACUUCGGGGAAAUAAUUGCACAAGAGAGUGGAUAUCAGGGCUGUAUAAUCACCACCCAGCACACCUUCAGCCUGUAACCUGCUUAGCAGUUAAAAACGCUAAAAAUUAUUUUAAGGCCUACCCUACCCUUGUUGCAAGGAUGGGCCAGAUCAGGAUUGCAAAACCGUUUUGCAUGCCUAGAGUGCUAGAUGUCCUUAGCAAUAAAUAAACAAGGGUGGUGAUAUGGAUAUAAAUUUGCUUUCCUCCCUAACCAAGUGGUGUGAUUUAAAUAUCAAUGGAAGGAAACGACCUUUUGCAAUCUGAUUUCUGGAAGAGAAGGAUUUCUGAAAUAGGAGGUUGCGACAGGGACGCUCCGGGUGUCCCUAAAAAGACAUGGAAGAAUUGUUUCACAGGGUGGGCUUGAGAUGGCAGGACCCCUGAACCGCAAGUGGGGUCUGAGCGCCUCAAGUACAGCGUAAGAGGGAUCACACGGGAGAUGGGCGGUGCUUGAAAACUGAGAACGGUUUGCAAGUAAAUAAAUAUCUUUCUGCUCCUACAGCACUUGCCCCUUUCUUGUUGCAAUGCUGUUAGCAUUUGUAAAACAGAUGUUUUAGUCUACCUUAUUUGUUAGAAUUGGCUGUUUUAAGGAUUUAAAUAAAAGUGUUUUUUAAAGAAUCCCGUCUGUCGAUCACAUUAUGUUCCGUAUCCAUCGUCACACACACACACAACACAUUCAACAUUCAUACAUAUUACUUAAUGUAACCUCUCCACUGAGAAGAUGGAGCUAUUGAUAUAACAAGGUCUUGAUUUUGGUCAUUAACAUCGUUAAAGAAAGGGGUCCACGUUUCUUCAUUUCAUUUGAAUGCUUAUAUUUCUAUGCAAACCUUAUAGAGGCACAAUUACUAUUCCGUUUAUGAAAUCUUGUGUUUCUUCUUCCCCAGUCUUCAACAGGAUUGCUUUAGUAAUACUUCUAAUUCUAGUUGUUUUAACGUGCUGUUCAGCGACUCUUGUCUCACUGAUCUUAUUCUGGCUUAUUCUUAUAAUUAUUGUAACUUGUAAAUUGUUGUAUUUUUAGCUAUUUUUAAACUGCUGGAUUCUGACCGUAAUAAACUGGUUGGUUGAUUCUA